CAUCAAAACGUAGCUAACGUCGCCCUUCCCCCUCACCGGCGUCGACCUGACCUGUGCAGCCGACAAAAAUGGGUUCCCGCCUCCUAGCCAGAUCAGCGGCGGCGCGCCUCCUCUCCCAACUCCGCCGCAGGACGCUAGACCCUACCCAUCGCCUCCUUCCCCAUGGAGCCUCCUUGGAGUCCCUCCUGGGGCCCACCGGUGACAUCCCCGCCGCCGCCGACUCAGCCCUCCUCCGCUACCCAGCGCGGUGGUACUCUUCGUCCACGGCGGCGGUUUCAGAGGUGCCGAUGACGGCGGACGGCCUGACGGUGGAUUCGAUUGCUGGCAAGGGGUGGACGAUCCUCCCCGAGGCCGAGAGCGACUGGCGCAGCCACGCCGCCGCCGUCGCGCAGUCCAUCAGGCUCAUUAAGAAGCGCCUCAAGUGGGGAUGGAUACUUGAGAGAACGAAGCAACUGGCUGUGGUGUUGGAGAAGCCAGACCUCUGGGAUGAUCCAGUUUUUGCUGGAAGGGUUAGCCGUGAGCACGGUGAGCUCAUGGGCAAGAUCAAAUCAGUGAACCAGUUUGAGCAGGAAUUAAUUGAACACAUCGAGAUGUUAAGGCUCGCACGUGAAGAAAAUGAUAAUGAACUUGAGAUGGAAAGCAUGAGGGCUUUGGCUGAUAUGAGAAGAAGUGCAAAGGAGAAAGAACUCAAUGCUCUACUUUCUGGAGACAAUGAUUCUUGCUCUUGCUUCAUUGAGGUUCAGGCAGGGGCUGGUGGCACUGAAAGCAUGGACUGGGCUGCAAUGGUCAUGAACAUGUAUAGAUCAUGGGCCCAGCGACGGGGAUAUACAAUCACUGUGGUAGAAGAGAUGCCUGGUGAAGUAGCAGGAAUCAAGAGGGCCACUAUCAAAGUUGACGGUGAAUAUGCAUUUGGAUAUGCCAAAGCCGAAGUAGGAGUUCAUAGAUUAGUGCGAAUUUCUCCAUUUGACAGUGGGAAGCGGCGGCACACUUCCUUUGCUGCUGUUGCUGUAAUCCCUAUUCUUGGCGAUGCCUCUAGCCGAUACCAGAUAAAAGACUCUGAUCUUCGGAUAGAACGUUUCCGUUCCGGUGGUCCUGGUGGCCAGCAUGCCAACACUACUGAAAGUGCCAUUCGAAUUGUGCACAUUCCAACUGGUAUUAGCGCAACAUGUCAAAAUGAAAGAUCACAACACAUGAACAAGGCAUCAGCAAUGGCGGUGCUCCAAUCUCGUCUGGACCAACUUGAGAUUGCCCGCCAAGCACAGAUGAAUGCAGAGCACACACAGUCGCUCAAUGAAAUCAGCUGGGGCAACCAAAUAAGAUCUUAUGUUCUCCAUCCAUACCGUAUGGUCAAAGAUCUCCGGACAAACUAUGAAGUAUCAGACCCUGACUCCGUCCUUGAAGGAGACCUAGAUGAUUUCAUCUUAAAUUAUUUGUCUUCGUCACUAGAUGAAGGUGAUGUUAAGUGUCUGAACUGAAAUCAUGCUUAGCAUUUUUCACGAGCACUAACCUACUGAAUAGCUUGCCUUCAAAACAAUACAAAUGAGACAUAUUGUUCAAGUGAUAGCAAGUUGAGAUACUGCUGCAAUAUUUACCACAUCAAUGGGUACGAUGGGAGCUCAAAUGCUGAAAAAGUUAAGGUGCGGAUAGUACACCGGUUGCAAGUGCAAAAGCGGAUGAAUGCUAUAGUUUAGCGAUGUAGUUAGGGUCUUAGAGAAGGCAGUACAAUAAUCACACUCGCUUCAUGGCUAGUGUGUAGUUACCUUUUGUCUGUACUGCAGUUCCCGUUGGUGAUGCAUAUUGUAAGCAGUCGUAUCUACUCAACUGUAGUGACACCCAAUCA